UUCGCCACUUGCCGCCACGGUCACUCUAAUUUGGCAUUUUAAAUCGUGCAGCAAACUCGGCUGCACUUGCAUCUUUUCAUUUUGAAACGCAAUUAAUAUUUAAUUCGAGUAAUGAGUUUUAGCCAACGCCAACCAGAAUGGCACACAGUUCCAGCGGUGGCACUAAAUCACAUAUUCGACUACCUGGAUGCCCCUGAUCGCAAAUCAGCAGCGAGUGUUUGUUAUUCCUGGAGACUUUCCUUCUUUCAGAAACGCUACUUUAGAAACUUUCGCUUUCAAUUGGAUGUGGCCCGCGAUGAUCAGUUGGCCUUCUUCCAUCGAUCCAUGGCCAAUUUGGCCAGGGAAUUGAUUGUAGUCUUUGACUUUCAAAAUGCAUUUCACAUCCAGAAAAUGCGACGACUUCUAUACAAAGUGGCACGCUGUGAUAAUAUCCAGAAAUUGCGUUUCCAAACCCACAAUGUGGGCCUUGUUGCCAUCGGAAAUAUGCACAGCGAUCACUUGGUGGCCAUUGAACAGUGCUUUGUGGAGCCGCUGAAGCUGUUUCUGAGCCGCAAGCGUCAGCCAUGUCAGCUUCUGGACCUUGGGGCCAUCGAGGCCCUCUCAUACUAUGGCCAUGACUUCCUCAAGGCCAUGGGCAAGCCACAGGAACUGCUGCAGCUGACGCUGGCCAGCAUUAAGUACGAUCCUAGUCACUAUCCCAUCCUCUCGCUGGACGCGACCCUCCUACAGAAGUGCGCCGCCCUGCAGGUGCUCUCCCUGGACUACGACACGCUCUCCGACGAACUGCUGCACACCAUACAAGUGCUGCCGCUGCGGAAACUGCUCAUCGCAGUGCACGGCCUGGACAGCGAGGAGCAUCCCGAUGUCUCGGAGACGGCAUGGUCCCUUUUCUCCGACCACUUUUCGAGCAUUGAGCUGGUGCUGACCCUUGUGUACGCCUACGAGGCCAUUGAACUGCUGCAGCAUCGCGUCCUGCGUAGAAACAUGCCGGUUACCCAUGUGCGACUGCUAUUCUGCGAGCAGAUGAACGCCGAAGCCCUGGACUGGAUGUCGGUGCACCACAGCGAAACGCUGCGCAGCAUCCAUUAUGUGGACUCGGCGUACAAGCAUUCCAACCGCAUGGACUACGCUCGCCACGGCUUUCUGCGCCAGGACCCCUUCGUAAUGAUGGCCUGGCGUUGCAAGCAGCUGGAGGAGAUCGUGGUGCACGGCUAUUUGAUGGAUCCGCACAAUCUCGUGGGCAUCGCCCGUCUUCGGGGUCGCCAGCUGAAGCGUCUAGAGGUCUCCAUGAUCGACUGGUCCGGCGCUGCUUCGUUGAAUGCCUAUAAUGAGGAAAUAAGCACCUUGCUGGGACAACAGUGGUCGCCCAUCAGCCCCGACAAGAUGCCGCCAUCGCUGGCCUUCGACUACGAGUUACGCGACCAGUUCGUGUACGAAAUGCUGCGCCAGGAUCUCAGCCAGUAAGUGGGCGAGGUAGGGACUCACUAAACAAAAUAACCAAAAAUUGAAGCAAAGUCAUCAAGUGAAGGAGAGAAAAGCAAACAUGACACGUGAUCAACUCGAGCGCAUAGAAAUUAAUUUUAAAAUUGCAAAACCUAAUUACGUAGCUAAAACUAAACCCAAAAGAGAUAUGUAAGCAAAAAGCAAAAAUUCAACCGUUAUACUAAGUUAUCAAAAUUUGUAUAUGUAAACCAAACCUUUUGAUUGGCCAGCAUUUUAUAGAAGUUAAAUUUCCCAAGUUCUUAGUUUUUGUAAUCAAAAUCGCAGUUAGACCUCGUUUGUUAGUUCAAAGGCGGCCGAUUAAGAGCAACAGGAAUGUUAGGAGCAAGGCAAAAGACUUGAGCACUUCACAAAUUUAUGUAAUUAUGUAACGGGGCGAAAUGAGUUUGUUGAAAUCUGCUAGAGAAACAUCAUUUUAUAAGCAACAACAACUGUGAUUCAAGCGAAAUGCAAAAGCGAGUGCAGAUGCAAAUGCAAGCCAGUGUGAGCAAUUGCGACACCAACUCUCAUACAAAAGAAACAAAAACGACAACAACAAAAUUGUUAAGCGAAUUGUCUAGUUAGCUAAGUUUAAAAGUAACAUAACAAAAGUGUUGAAAAAUGCUUGUAAAACCAAAACUACGACCAAUGUCAAAUUGAUUGCUCAAAACUCAAUUGGCACAAAUUGUUAACCUUUGUAGUAGUGUGAAUAAGUAUGGAAUCCGGCGCUCAAUUGUGAUAAACCAACAAACAACAACAAAAGCAAAUGUAACAACAACGAGAGCUCGAUCCUCGUUCGCUAAGCGCCGCCAUUUGUGUAGUUUAAAGUGAUAUUACCAGCAAAACGAAAGCAAAUUGUAAGCGAAUACAAGACACCACACAGAAGAUAUAUAUGUGUUGUAAUAGCCAAAAGGAGCUAAGGUAGCUGUCGUGUGUGAGUGGUACAUGCGUUGUGGCCAGAUAAACGGGCCAGCGAAAGGCAGGCAAUUGUAAGACCCAAAAUCAACUUUUAAGUAUUUCGUAGCACAGGCAUUAAUUUAUACAACUAUGUACUAUAUUUAACCUAUGUUUGCACAAAACAGCAGCGUGUUGUCACGAUCCGCGGCUCAUCCUCCCCAGAGUUGCUUGCCGACCAACAAGUACAACCGCAACAAUGACAACAUCAACAACAACAACAACAAUGGUACCUGAAGAUCAUGCUGAGCAUUUAGAUAACAACCGAACAACAACAACAACCACAAAGUACUUGCUCAAAUCUAACAAUCUAAACAAACACAAAAUCUAUUGAAACAGAAGACUGAACGAUAAUGGAAAUCGCGACGAGGGUGUUGACUUCGUUGUCAGAGCAACGCGGAGGAUGGCACUGGGUCUCUGGGACAAGCAGCCGCAAACAGAAUGCGAUCUCAAGACAACUCUUACAACUAUCCAAUCGACCAUCUAUAUUUGUAUGUAUCUAUAUGUAACCAAUGCAUGUAAUAAUUUUUGUUAUGAACUGCAAUAGCGAAUAUUAAUUUUGUAAAACGAG